GUUUGAAAGAGUUUUAGGUAAAGAAACGCUCUCAAAACGCACUCAGCUUUUGGAUUUGGCAGCAUUUGGGUCUGGGUAUACUGCCUUCAUCUGAAUCACUGUGGCUGUGCUGAAGAAGAAAGGGAGAUGGAUGGAUGUUAUAGAUGGAUGACGGUGAAUCAGUGGAUGCGUCACUAUGGAGGUUUGGUGAUUUGAACGUAAGCUGCAAAAGAUGUGGGCAGAGCUGAAGGCUUUGAGUUUUCCUGUAGUGAUCCUGCAGUCCACAGACCUCUGGAGAUUCCUGUGGGUGAAUCUGCAGCAUUAGCGUGAUCAUGAGCGUGUGUGUGUGGCCCUGGGCUCCGUGUCAAACACCUCCACUUCAUCACAGAUGCUCUUCUGACCCCAGACACCGUCAGGAACUCACCUGUUCCUCAACUGUUGCUUUGAGCUCUGUGUCACGUCUGCUGGAUGAAAUCAGUGAAGAUCUUGCUCUGAUCAUCACACCUCAGCUCAACACGUUUGAGCCGCACUGAAUUAGCAUCUUCCAUCCGUCUCUCUGGAAUCAGAACGUUCCCUCAUGCCUGGUUGCCAUGGAGAUCUUUUUGGUCUUCAGUACGGAGCUACUUGUUGAUGCCCUCAUGAAAACGUUUCCUUCUCCUCUGAGUGAAUGAAGCUGUCCGUCAGAAGGAACCGCACACAUCACACACAUCUCCUGUCCACUGCUGUCCGUCUCCAAAGCACUCGAGGCAUUGAUCUCAUCCUCUGAAACACACGUUUGAUUCCUGACUGCUGGAAUCACCAAACAGCUAAACUCUGCACAGAUGGAGGACCCCGACAGAGACAAGACGUCUCUGGUCAAAGGCGCUCGCGACAUCGCCAAGGAGGCGAAGCGCCACGCCGUCAAGAAGGUCAACAAAGUGGUGGACCACGCUUCGAACGAAUACUCCAGCCGCAGCUACAGCCGCUUCGAAAAUGACGAAGAUGAGGGCGGUGACGAAGACCGUUACUAUUAUCAGGACGGCCAGGCUCAGCGGGAGGAUGACGAGGGUUCCAGCGACGCCACCGAGGGCCACGACGAUGAGGACGAGAUCUACGAGGGCGAGUAUCAGGGCGUGCCUGCAGGGGACGGGGUCAUGGAUGGGCGUGGCCAGCCGCCGGCGGAUGGGAUGAAGGACAAGCGAGAGCUGGAGAAGGAGAGAGAGGCGGAUGAGGAGGAGCUGGCGCAGCAGUACGAGCUCAUCAUCCAGGAGUGUGGACACGGACGCUUCCAGUGGCAGCUGUUCUUCGUAUGUUUUCCAGUCCCUGUUUUCCGUAUUCCCAUGUUUGGAGUCGUCCGUCUCGCUCCGGUUGUUGCUCGCGCGGGUUUCCGCAGGGAUUUUCUGACGGAUCGGGGGAAUUACAGGCGAUUCUCUGAACUGAAAUCAGUCGGAGAGAGGGAACGAGAGAAAAGGAAACACACAGGCAGUGUGGUGUAUCUGGGAAUGAUGGUGGGCGCGUUCUUCUGGGGCGGUCUGUCAGAUAAGGUGGGCCGACGGCAGUGUCUGCUGGUCUGUAUGUCAGUCAACGGCUUCUUCGCCUUCCUGUCGUCCUUCGUUCAGGGCUACGGCACCUUCCUCUUCUGCAGGAUGCUCUCGGGCUUCGGGAUUGGCGGUGCGGUUCCCAUCGUGUUCUCGUACUUUGCGGAGUUUCUGUCCCGUGAGAAGCGCGGGGAACACCUGAGCUGGCUCUGCAUGUUCUGGAUGGUGGGCGGGAUCUAUGCCUCAGCCAUGGCCUGGGCCAUCAUUCCACACUACGGAGGCAGCGGCGUGUGGCCAAACGGUUCUGCCGCAAUGACUCCAUCACUGCAGGAGCACGGCGAGAGGCAGGUGGGAAAGCAUGACGAGGCGUGGAUGGUUCUCAAACAGAUUCAUGACACAAACAUGCGUGCGCGCGGAGAGCCCGAGAAAGUCUUUACUGUGAACCGUAUAAAGAUCCCCAAGCAGCUGGAUGAGCUGGUGGAGAUGCAGUCGGAGUCGGCAAACCCCGCGGCCAAAGUCUUAUUCAGGAUCAAGAGCGAACUGCGCGGAAUCUGGCUCACGUUCCUGAAGUGCUGGGAUUACCCUGUCAAGGACAACACUGUGAAGUUGGCCUUGGUUUGGUUCUCACUGUCAUUCGGGUACUACGGUCUGUCUGUCUGGUUCCCUGACGUCAUAAAGCACCUGCAGGCGGACGAGUACGCGUCCCGCGUGAAGAUCCACAACAACGAGAGAAUCGAAGAUUUCACCUUUAAUUUCACCCUGGAGAACCAGAUCCAUAAAAACGGAGUGUUUAUUAACGACAGGUUCAUUGGCAUGAAGUUUAAGUCUGUGACUUUCAUCGACUCCACCUUUCAGAGCUGUUACUUUGAGGACAUCAGCUCCAUCGGUUCUUUCUUCAAGAACUGCACCAUCAUAGAAGCGUUCUUCUAUAAUACAGAUAUUGAUGACUCGAAAUUCAUCGGUUCCUCUGUGAUCAACUCCACGUUUGCGCACAACAAGACCGGCUGUCAGAUGACGUUUGAUGACGACUACAGCGCAUACUGGGUGUAUUUCAUCAACUUCCUUGGAACACUAGCCGUGUUGCCAGGCAACAUAGUCUCCGCCCUCCUCAUGGAUAAAGUGGGCCGUCUGAGCAUGUUAGGCGGCUCGAUGGUGUUGUCCGGCAUCAGUUGUUUCUUUCUGUGGUUCGGCACCAGUGAGUCCAUGAUGAUAGCGAUGCUCUGCCUUUAUAACGGACUCAGUAUAUCGGCCUGGAACUCACUGGACGUGGUGACGGCCGAACUGUAUCCUACCAACAGGAGAGGGACUGGCUUUGGCUUUUGUAAUGCCAUGUGUAAGCUGGCCGCAGUCUUGGGGAAUGUAAUAUUUGGGUCGUUGGUGGGAAUCACGAAAUCCAUCCCGAUCCUGCUGGCGUCGUCUGUGCUGGUCGCCGGAGGUCUGGUGGGUCUGCGGCUCCCCGACACCCGCAACAACGUCCUGAUGUGACCCCACCACACCUGUGACCUCUGACCCUGAGUCGCCACGGAAACACGCAGGACACGCUCAGGGUGCAGGUGGAGGCGACUACGACAUGUUUGCUUUAUUUAUUCAUUUAGAGAGGUUUAUUCUCUUUUGACUUGCCCAGUUUAGAUUAAAACUAGAUUUUGAUGCCUUUACUGUAAAUCAAAUGUUAUGAUGUUAUGAAAUGUAAAAACAAAAAUGUGUUGAAAUCUGUUUUUGGACUGUGAGUUUUUGAC